AUGAGCUCUGCUCUGCGCACCACUGCGCAAUUGACCACCCGUACGACGCCCCGUCGUAGUCUCUCGAUAGCAGCGGCGCAAACGCCCCUCAGACGCCCGCUCGCCCUAACACCGCAACAUCGACAGCGCUUCGGCAUCCGCUGGUCGUCUGAGUCGGCAAUGGGGACCAAGAUCUGGACGUUCGAGGAGAUCGAGGCCCUCUCCUCUUCCAAAAAACGCAAUGCCACGAUAAUCGACACGCGCGAGCCCGGCGAGCUUCAGCAAUCCGGCCGGAUCCCCGGCUCGGUCAACAUCCCCAUCACGACGUCGCCGGACAGCUUCCACAUCUCGAAGGACGAGUUUGAGGACCGGUUUGGGUUCGAGCGCCCUGCACAGGAGGAUGAGGUAGUGUUUUACUGCAAGGCGGGGGUGAGGGCCCGGGCGGCGGCGGGAAUUGCAAGGGAGGCUGGGUGGAAGAAGGUGGGCGAAUACCCUGGGAGCUGGUUGGAUUGGGCGGCGAAAGGGGGCAAGGUUGAGCGGUGA